AAGGUCCGCAGCUGUUUUAACGAGCUCUCUGCGGAGCAUUGCGAGUCAACAACCAUGAGACACAUGGCUGAGAUGAAAAAAAAAAUGAACUCUAUCACCUUCUCCUUCCUCCUAUGCAUCGUGGUUCCGGGCCGGAUCUCCCGCGGGCGGUGCGACCCUCUGUCCUUCUCUAUCUGCUGGACAACCCGAGGCGAUGUCUUCAACAGCUCGGAGGCCGAUAUCUGGCUCAACGGCACCGGGCUGAAAGCCAUCGGGACGCAGGGGAAGUUCGUGUCUUUGACAGUCCCGCAGACGGUGGAAAACCAACUUUCACUGCGUUACGGAGGAGUCGCGAAGAACUGGACCGUCAGCAUCCAACCAGGAUCCGCCACCAUGGAGAUCCGCAGUGUGGAUCGACCGGAGAAGAUUCCUUUCCUCCGGACUCGGGAGCUGCUGGACCUCCUGUCUGGAGAGGUGUUUGGCUGUGAGAACAGCACCGUGAUCCUCCACCAAGACCAAGAGCUGGUGCUGGUGCUGGGCUACACCUCCCGUCUCCCCGUCCGGCUGGAGGCCUGGAGCUCCUCCAUGCUCCUCCUGAGCUGGGCGGGGCUGGGUGGAGGUCCCUGGGCCCCUGGCCCCACGCCUCCCCUUCCCAGGGUGUCCCUGUACAGCCCCCAGCUGGGCUCCUACAUCCUGGAGAGCCGGGAGCCCGUCCAGCAACACCGGCGCCACCAUCACCACCGCUUCACCACGCUGAAGCCCUGCCACCUCUACACCGCCUGCCUGGAGCCGCCGGCCGGGACCCGGACCUGUAUCGGCACCAUCACAGGUCCCCGGGAGCCCCGGUUCUUCCGGGUCACGUCGUGGAACAGCAGCAGUAUCUCGGUGGCGUGGGUGUGUCCUGAGAACCACCGCCGAGCCCUGUUCCUGCUCACCGCCUUCCACCUGGACGCCGGCGGCGGCGUGCUGGAGGAGGUCCGCCUCUGGCAGCACGGGCGCCGCUUCACGCUGGCAGACCUGGAGCCGUGCAGCCGCGUCCAGCUGGGCCUGCAGACCGUCUGCCAGGCCGGGACCACCACGCGCUACAGCAGGAUGGAGCAGGUCGACGGCAACACGGCCCACUCCAGCAUCGGGGGCCUGCAGCAGGAGUCUUGGGGGCCUGAGAACUACACGCUGUCCUGGGAGGUGAGGAACACGUCGUCGGUGUCUGGCUUCAGGGUGUUCCACCAGGGGGCGCUGCAGGGCGCCACCCUGUUCACCCGCUACACCGUGGGGGGGCUGCAGCCCUGCGGCCGCUACCACGCACAGGUGGUUGCCCUGUGUGGGGAUGGCGUCGUCAUGGACAACAAGACCAUCGACACCUACACAGGUCCGCGGGGCGUACAGGACCUGCGUUACCGCGCCAACGAGUCCCUGGUGCUGUGGACCCCCGGGACCCCGGUCUCCCCGCCCCGCCACCUGGCCUUCGCCUACCGGCUGGCCCUGGCCAACGGGUCGGAGGUGCGGCGGGGGCGUGUCUCACGGCCCGGCCUGCCGCUGCCCGGCCUGCUGCCGGGCCAGGCCUACAGCCUGGAGGUCCUGGAGGAGUGCCAGGGGGCCUGGAGUUCCUCCCCCGCCGCCUGGAGCUCCUCCCCCGCCGCCGCCUGGAGCUCCUCCCCCGCCGCCGCCUGGAGCUCCUCCCCCGCCGCCGCCUGGAGCUCCUCCCCCGCCGCCGCCUGGAGCUCCUCCCCCGCCGCCGCCUGGAGCUCCUCCCCCGCCGUGGUCCUCUUCCAGGGGGCCAGCGUCCCCAUGAGGCCCCGGGGCCUGGCUCUGGGGCUGCCCGGUACAGCUGCACCCAAGAUCCAGCUGGACUUCUCUGGCCCCACCCAGGUCCUCAUAGUGCCCUGGCCUCUGGCCCCGCCCCUGAGAAAGUCAGAGCCCAGAGCCAAGAUGGAGGAACUCAUCCAGACCACCCUGGAGGUCCUGCUGUCGGGCCCAUCGCGCCCCGCCCGGGUCGCGCUGGAGGAGGUUGACUCCUCCCCCGACGGCCGCACCUCCAGGAUCCUCUUCAGGUCCGCUGAUGAGCCUGUCGCCGACGGCAACCUCAGCAUCCCCCUGGGACACUCGCUAGACUACAUCCAAUCACUGAGGGUCCCCAACCUGACCGCCGCCCAGGGCCUGCUGUACUGGGAAGGACGUGACCUCUGCCUCGCUGCUGACCCCUCCCCCUGCCCCGCCCACUCCCUGUGUGUCAACACUCUGCUGUCCUACGCAUGCGUGUGUCGCCACGGUUACUACGAUGUGGGAGGGGCCAUGCCGGGCUCCCACGAUGCCCUGCACCGGCCAGUCUGUCAAGAGCAGGGUAUGGUCAGCCACUGUGCGGAGGGCCGUCUGUCGGGGGCGGUGUCCCGGGACUUCCUGCGCUCCCGGCUGGGGGGAGACGUGUCGCUGCUCCUCAACGACGGGAGGUGCAGCGUGGAGGAGCACGCCGGCCUCUACUCCUUCAGCACGCCGCCCAGAGCCUCGCCCUGCAACACCUCCAGGCUGGUGAACGAGACCCACGUGGAGUUGCGUAACGUCCUGAGGGUGACUCUGACGGAGGAGCAGACGAUCGCCCGCCAUGACCUCACCCUGGUCUGGGCGUGUGUGUUUCCGCGCCAUGCGCUGCGCAGUACUGGGCUUAGCGCAGGCCUGGACUGGUUCAGUGGCGAGUCACUCGUUGAGGUCAACACAUCGCUGGUGCUGCGUGUUGCCAUGGCGCUGUACAGCGACGCCUCGUACACGUUCAGCUACCGCUAUGCAGUGGAGCUGGACCCAGAGGACUCCCUGUUCUUCCACGUGGAGCUGCAGUCCAACGACUCGUUCGCCCCGGACGUCCACCUGCAGCUAGCCUCCUGUUGGGCCACCGAGAGCAGUGAUCCCAAAGACCCUGUGCAGGCUUUACUGCUUCAGGACGGGUGUGCAGUGGACCCCACCCUCCAGUGGGCGGGGCCUAACGGCGGCGGCAGCAGCAGCCGCUUCUCGCUCCAGAUGUUCCAGAUGCCCACCCAGCAGUAUCUCUACUUCCACUGCCUCACUCACGUCUGUGGACCGGACCACAGCUGUACCCCGAGGUGUCCUGUGCUGGAGGCGGGGCUGAGGAGUGAGGAGCCGUCUUCCAUGGUCUCCGCCGGCCCCCUGUUGGUCCGAGGAGAUACUACACCACCAGGCCCUCCAGCAUUCUGGACUGACGGCAAAGUGAUCGUGUGGAUGGUGGGCGGCUUCAUAGGCUGUCUGGGGCUAGCUCUGCUAGCCCUUUGCACUUUUAGCCCUGAGCGCUGCUAGCUGUGACUGCUGAUGGCUCGGAGCACUGCUAGCUGUUUACACUGCUAGCACUGUGCGCUGUUAGCCCUUAGUGCUGCUAGCUGUUGGGCAGCUAGCCCUGAGUGCUGCUAGCCUUGAGCUCAACAUUAUCCAUCAGCUCGUACUACAGUUCAAUAAAGCCCCCGUCUGGGUCCAACUCCAACCGGUCUCUGUAGUAAUUCCUUUUGCCCCGGCCUUGUGUUGUUCCAAGAACAGCCAAUCAGAGUGAAGCUCUUUUUCUGGGUCUUUGGCCGAUUCCUGUUUAAAGUAAAGCAAAAAAAUAGAACUCCUGAGGAAGGAACUUGAACAGAUCUCUGUUCAUCCUUUAGUUAUUCCGACUAUUUGACAAACUUCUUAUCAAUCAGCCCUCAGGAGAGGGUAUCUAUCACCAGUUUCCAGCUUCCUUAUGACCCAAGGUCCUUCUUGGGGUUCUAUGGCAGCAGGUUCCUCCUAUAGUGAGACGCUCCAGAUCUUCAGAGGCUGGGCUGGUCUGUGCUCAUGAACCACCAGCACCAACCAGAUACCAGAACAAAUAUGGCAACUAUUUAAUUUAUUACACAGAUGGCCAGACUUUACUGAUAUCCAAAGACAUUGUGAAAACUAAAACCAAACAUUAAUUUCAGUCCAAAUUGUAUAAAUGGAGGCCUACUACCUUUAUUAUAUUACGUGAGAAGUUAUUCAUGCUCCAAGUCAAAUAAAGCUUCAGUUACUCAAUUAAACCAUUUCUGUUUUCUUUAAUACAUUCAAUCUUUAAACCCCGUUA